UCCUUCAAGUUCUAUUUCAGCAGGCACUGAUGAAGAAGUGAGAAUUGGACCAGAGAAUGGCACAUACUCACCUCACUGCACCUGAUGGGUAUGCUCUUGCUGAACCCAUGCAGUACUAUGAUAUUUUGCCGGAACAAACCAAUUAUCAGCUGCACGACACUGAUUUUCAAGAAUCACCUUAUUGCCAGUAUUCUACCGUCCAGGUUCCUCCAGCUCUACAGUUCCAAUCUUUGCAAAGUCAUUUCAACACUUAUAGCUGGGAUCUACAGUUCAGUGGUGGAGAGUGUGGACCUGGUUCCUGUGAAUUGAAUAGAUCCACUUAUGUGGUUGCCCACAAUAUUGAAGAUGGAUACUCUGAAAUAAAAAGAUCCAGACUAACUCAUUCUUCCCUGCAAAUUAAGAGACAAGAAGAACUCUGUGUAGUUUGUGGUGAUAAAGCGUCAGGAUAUCAUUAUAAUGCACUUACUUGUGAAGGUUGCAAAGGUUUUUUCCGACGUAGCAUCACCAAAAAUGCAGUAUAUAGUUGCAAGAAUGGUGGUCACUGUGAAAUGGACAUGUACAUGCGUAGAAAAUGUCAAGAGUGCAGACUGAAAAAGUGUAAGGCAGUAGGAAUGUUGGCAGAAUGUUUGCUCACAGAGAUCCAAUGCAAAUCAAAGAAACUUCGAAAGAACUUUAAGCAGAAGAACAGCUUUUACUCUAACAUCAAAGUGGAAGAAGAAGGAGUAGAUAACAAGCUUGUAUCAUCCACCACUAGAUCUGGAAAAGUGAUUCAGGAUAGCAUGGAACUAACUCAAGAAGAACAUCAGCUCAUUAAUAACAUUGUGGCUGCUCAUCAAAAAUAUACAAUUCCUUUGGAAGAAACAAGGAAAUUUCUGCAGGAAUAUGAAAAUCCUGAACUGAGCUUUUUGCGACUCUCAGAUACAGUAGUCCUACACAUGCAGAGCUUAGUGGAUUUUACCAAGGGACUGCCAGGAUUUGAAAAUUUGACCAAUGAGGAUCAGACUGCAUUACGAGAGGGAUCAAAAACUGAAGUGAUGUUCCUCCACACGGCCCAACUUUACAGUCAGAAAGAAUGUUUGUCAUCAGUUUCUGAAAGUACUAUGAGAAUAUCAAAUGAUUCAGAUCAUUCCCUGAAUUGUCACAAUCAGAGUGGUGACAGAAGUGUUAUUCAUCCUAUGGAAACAUUUUACAACACAGACUGUCCUUCUACUACGCUGACUGGUAUUUCUGAAGAAUUUAUUACCACACUGUUUUACUUCUACAGAAGAAUGAGUGAGCUUAAUAUUAGUAAUACUGAAUAUGCUCUGCUUGCAGCAACAGCUGUGUUUUUUUCAGAUCGUCCAUGCCUUAAAAAUAAACAACAUGUGGAAAAUUUACAAGAACCAAUUUUACAAAUUUUGUAUAAAUAUUCAAAACUUUAUCAUCCAGAAGAUCUACAGCAUUUUGCUCGUCUCAUAGGGAGGCUCACUGAACUGAGAACACUGAAUCACAACCACUCAGAAAUACUUAGCAUUUGGAAAACAAAGGACUCCAAAUUGGCUAUUUUACUCUCUCAGAAAUGGAAUUUACUUCCAUCCCUAAAGGCUAAAGUCCGAAAACCUUUGCAAGGCCUUUCUAUCUGCUGUCUCCAGACUCCUCUUGCCAUUUUCCCUCUCCGUCCUCACACACCUCCGCCGCUCUCCUCCCUGAUGUGUUCACCUCCCUCACGGCUCCAGCGCCUUGCCCAGCUUCCCUGGCCCGGAGUACCUUCCCCCACGCCCCAUCUAGCCAACCCUCCAUCCAGUCUUCUAUUCUCGGCGGCAGCAGCAGCAGAAGCGCCCCACGUCUGUGAAGCCUCUCCUGACUGCCCACGCCCCGGACGGAACCCGGAGCUGGGGCACGUUCCCAUCGCCUCGCUCGCUCUCUCGGCCGCCCCCGCGCCUUCGGCGUCGCCGGUGGUCGAUAGUCGUCUAAGAACCAGACACAGUUCCUCCCGGGAGGGGAUGCAAUUUAACGGGGCUGGUGAAGGUAACGGGCUUGCUUUUGAGGCUCGUACAGGGUUGAGCUCUUGUUCGAGGUUCUCGCCUGUCCAGGUCGCCAGCGUGGCCCUUGGUGGCGGGGGGACGGGGGACCAAGUCCGGGCUGUUCGUGCUUUGCCCACCCUGGCGGUCAGCGCUGCGUGGGCUUCCACGGCGGCGGAGUCUGCGUCCCUUCCUCGAUAA